UUUCCCCCAAAUCUCGAAAUUCCUCGUUUGUUCCUGGUUGAGAUCCUCAUCGAACACUCGCAGCACGACCGCAACAAUGGUGUCCCAACGAGUUACCUACCGCCGCCGCAACCCCUACAACACUCGAUCCAACCGGACCCGAGUCGUCAAGACUCCCGGUGGCGAGCUCCGUCUGCUGCACAUCAAGAAGCGCGGCACUGUUCCCAAGUGCGGUGACUGCGGCUCCAAGCUCUCUGGCAUCCCCGCCCUCCGACCCCGCGAGUACUCCCAGAUCUCCAAGCCGCAGAAGACCGUCCAGCGCGCCUACGGUGGCUCGAGAUGCGGUGGCUGCGUCCGUGACCGCAUCGUCCGCGCCUUCCUCAUCGAGGAGCAGAAGAUCGUCAAGAAGGUGCUGAAGGAGCAGGAGCAGAGCCAGAAGAAGAAAUAAGCAUAUUUCAACCAUGGGUUUGGGCUUUCUGCGCGGACGGCAAGGAACUUUGAGAGGGGACUGGUUCAUUGCUUUGGUGUUCAUAAGGGCAAAGGGACUGCAUGAUACAUCCGGGGACUGGCCGGAGAGGCCGGCCUCCUGCUGUCUUUAGGACUGCGACCUCCUCUUGGUGGUUUUAAAUGAGACAAAACAUCAAGCUGGCACGAUGAUACGGGCUCCUGACGUGCGGUGCCGACGAGCCAAGUGCGCGAGCGGCACUCCUGCGAAUGAACCACGACCGGAACUCGCUGGGACACAUGCCGACAACGACAGUUGACGACCAGAUCAGCCACUGCUAGGAAUACUCACACAUAUGUCUGGACACUGGUAGUAGUAAUUCGAUGUGCGCG